CUGCCGGUGCUAGAGGCGAUUUGGAGGCGGGUGUGCAGUGGAGGUGGACCUGCGCGGGGCUCUGCGUCCCCGACUUGGCCUGUCCGGUGCGCUCGCCCGCUGGUCAUGCCCUGCAGACUCUGAAUGGGCACCGACCCGGCUCCAGGAGCGCGAGGAGCCGCGGCCCGGGCCAUGGGCAGCUUCCAGCUGGAAGACUUUGUGGCGGGUUGGAUUGGAGGUGCAGCCAGUGUCAUUGUCGGCCACCCUCUGGACACGGUCAAGGCCCGCCUGCAGGCUGGCAAUGGCUACGGGAGCACCCUCAGCUGCAUCCGCACCGUGUACAGGAGGGAGAGUGUGUUCGGCUUCUUCAAGGGCAUGUCCUUCCCCCUUGCCAGCAUCACCGUCUACAACUCAGUGGUGUUCGGGGUCUUCAGCAACACGCAGAGGUUCCUCAGCCACCAUCGGUGCCAAGAGCCCGAGGCUGGUCCGCGCCAUGUGCUGUCUGACCUGCUCCUGGCCAGCAUGGUGGCUGGUGUGGUCUCUGUCGGGCUGGGAGCACCCGUGGACCUCAUCAAGAUCCGGCUGCAGAUGCAGACACAGCCAUUUCAGGAAGCCAGCCUUGGAGUGAAGCCCCGGGUGGCAGCUCUUGGGGAGCAGCCAGCCUAUCAAGGGCCUGUGCAUUGCAUCGCAACCAUCGUGAGAACCGAAGGCCUGGCAGGGCUGUACCGGGGCGCCAGUGCCAUGCUGCUGAGGGACGUCCCGGGCUACUGCCUCUACUUCAUCCCCUAUGUGUUCCUGAGUGAUUGGAUCACGCCUGAUGCCCAUGCAGGCCCCAGCCCCUGUGCUGUGUGGCUGGCAGGCGGCAUGGCAGGAGCAAUUUCUUGGGGGACAGCAACUCCUAUGGAUGUUGUGAAGAGUCGACUGCAAGCUGAUGGGGUUUAUGUGAACAAAUACAAAGGUGUCCUGGACUGUAUCUCCCAGAGUUACCAGAAGGAAGGUCUUAAAGUGUUUUUCAGAGGCAUCACGGUCAAUGCCGUGCGGGGCUUCCCCAUGAGCGCGGCCAUGUUCCUGGGCUACGAGCUCUCGCUGCAGGCGAUCCGCGGGGACCACGUGGUGACCAGCCCAUGAGCGCCAGCGCCAGGAUCACCUGACCAGGGCCUCCUUCCGCUACAGCUGAUGCAGUGGGGAAUUAACUGAAGAGAAAGAAGGUCUCCCCUCCAACCCUCAGUUAUCCAUGCUCCCCUCGGAAUACCUUCUUUCCUAUCUGCAAGCACUCUGUUCCUCACCUGCAGGCCGGAGCCCUGAGCUGCUGCCUGGGGCCGACCGUGGAGCCAUCACCAUCUGUGUCAGAUCCUCACUGGCCCCUGGUAACAAGCGGGAGGAGAUAGACCCUGCACCUGCGACUGCUGUAAACUCGCUGGGGAUUCACGGAGGAGUCGACGUUGUCUCUGAGUUUCCAUAUAAAAACAUUCUGUAUCAGAUGCUUCUGCCUGGCUUCCAGGAGACUGGCCACCCUCAUUCUUCCCUCUGUUAGACCCUCGUAGAUGUCACCAGCCCAGAGAAGAGCCCACUGCAUGCAGGUGAGAGGAACUCAGGGUGGCAUCCUCACUUCUUUAUUCCCAGCUCCCGAAGGUGGGCAGGGAGGGCACAGUGGUUGAAAAGGACAGCAGAAGGCGAGGAAGCCUUGUAGGUUUCCCUGCCCAAACGGUGGCACCGGCUGGUACAGCGCCUCUAGGGUGGCAGCAUUGAGCGCAGGUGGGGUGGGCGCUCCCUGGGCCUUAUUUUCACGUGGAGAGCAAAACAGAACAAAACAAACUCUCUGUCCGUGGUCUGAUUUCCUUUAUGAUGUCAUUCAUCUCAGUUUUACUUCUCAUUGGAACCCCGUGGGGAAGUGGUUGUUCUGUGGUUCUGUGGUACGUGCCCAUGAUGUCACUCCCACAGCAAAUGCCCCUAAUCAGUCAUACAGCCCUUUCCCACUGAGCUGAAUGUAGCUUCAGAAUCCUUCUCAACACAGUGCCCUGGGAUGCCACCAGCAGCCAGUCUGAUGAAUCCCUUUGCCAUUCUUGGCUUGGAUCCUGGUUGGGAAAUAUCCUUAGAUUCCUCCUACCCUUUUUUCCCUCCUUGAAAGGGUCUUCCCUAAUUUCUCCACCGCCUCCCACCCUCUUUGAGUGAUUUGGAACGUGUCUCUGAAAAGCCCCCACCCCAGCAGACCUGGCACCAAGACAAAGCAUGGCUCUGGCACAAAGCUGAAAGCGUUCAGUCUCCUCAGUUCAUCCUGUUACUGUAGCCAAGGGUUCCCUCCUUGCAAUGCAGCCCUCAGUACGGUCUCUUUCCCCUUUCCUGCCCCGGCACCGUGGGGUCCCCGGGCAGCUCUGCAGGCUGCUGUCUAAACGCCCCAUCCCACCUGCAUCUUCCUUUGGUCAUCAGACAUUUCUGAGCGUUCACUCUAUGCAGACGCUAUCUGUGGUGUUGGGGACAGCCAUGGGGGUCCCCUGCGGUUCUUCCAUUCUGGGGUAUUAGAGACGGUUCUGCUGACAGGAGAGACAGGUCCAUAUGCGUUGAUGGGUAAGGCACUGUGGAUACUGGUGAAGAGAUGCUGACUGACAUCUAGUCCUACCCAGGUGAACCCAGGUGAACCCAAAGUCUUCUCUAUGACACACUCCUGAACGGGUUUCUUAAGCCCUCCUCCACUAGACCAUUUCCUGGUGCUGGUCCUGGUUGCCUGUUUGUUUGGAGGUAGUGCUAUAUUCGCAAGGCUGGCUGGGGUCUCCUGCCGGAUGCUCCUGAGGAGGGUGAGACCCAGCAACAAACAGCCCCCCCAGGUUCUCUUCUGGGCUCCUCUCGGUGAUAGAAAGAGCUAAGUGGAAAUGGAAAUACUGUGUUGGCAGUAUGUUAAGUGGGAAAAUGAAGUGGCAGAAUAGUAUGUGUGAAGUUACUCAUUAAAAAAAUAAAUUUUUAUAUAAGUAUAUUCUAAAUAUGCAUAAUUAUAUAGAUAUUGAAAAGAAUCUAGAAGGGUGCACACCAAUCUUAGUUGUGGCUAUUUGGGGAAUAUGAGAUUGGGGAAAGGCUUUCAGUUUUGACUUUGAUGUUGAUGGUGAUUUCUCAGUGUACCACUAUAGUGCUUCAGUUCUUACAGUGAGCAUAUAUGGCUUUUAUAAUUUUUAAAAAUGCAAGCACAGCUUCUGUGCUGAGAACUUGUUUCUCAGGCUCCUGCUGGCUCUGCUGCACUGGCCAACCUCAACCAGGCUCUGAGUAACAGCCCUUCCUCUGCACACCCUGCCCUGCUCCCCCCCCACUCCCCGUGCUGAUUAUACACACCCUGCAGCACACUUUCUACACACACACACACACACACACAAACACCUGGGCUGGAAAAGGAUGCAACUCAAUCUUAAAGAAGGCACUGGACCCUGACCCAGUAUUGGGAGGCGCCAGCCAGCAACAGCCCCUCUUCCUCUUAGAUUCUCCUGCUGGAGGUUAUCUUGUGGAAUACUUGGGGCCAGCAGUGUGGGGAUUUUUCUUAAUCCACACAUCAUAGCCUUUCUUUCAUUCGACCAAAAACACAUGUGUUGACUCUGACUCAACUGUGCCCAGUGCUUGUGUGAGGUGCUGGGUGACCAUGGCAGAGACCCUGCCCUUGGGGAGCUUAGCACAGGCAUCGACUCUGUAUCAGCGUCAGGAAUGUCUUUACAAAUGGAAGUCCUCUUUUAAGAAAGGCCAGAGACAGAAAAGAAUUCCACACGAAGCACAAAUUUUGGUGUCAGCAUCCUGCACUUGAGGAACUUCAGACGUGCCCUUUUACCUUAUUGGAGAUGGUGAAAAGAGCACCAGUAACCAUUAUGCUACAAAAGAGGUUCUCCACACCGGUCUUUUAAAUGAUGGAGGGCCUCAAGGAGCUUUUGUUUAUAUAGAUUAUAACAUUUACAAAAAUUAAAACUGAGAAUUUUAAAAAUAUUUGUUAAUUUAUAAUAAAUCUAUUAUGUUAAAUAAUAGCGUAUUUUAAUGAAAAUAAUAAUUUUUUUCCAAAUAAAACUAAGUAAUGAGAA